AUGGACUCCGAUGACGAUUUCGCCAGCAACGCCUCGUCGGCGGAUGAUAUCGAUCUGAACGAUGCGAAUAGUAGUGUAGAUUUUGGGGCUGCGGGUGAGUACAUACGUGACAUGCUGGCGGAUGUGUUUCGGGCGGCUUUGGCUGACUUUUGUUGAACUCUAGACUCGGACGUCGACAUCGAAGAUGAGUUCCAAGACGACGAGGACGAUGAGGUAUUCGACCCGUCGGAUAAGGAUUUAAAGCCGCAAAGGAAAGAGUUCGAGGUCGACUACAAGGUGUACAGUCCGCAGGAUAUCCAGGCACAGCAAGAUAAACAAAUCACAGACGUUUCCAACUUGCUCGAACAACCACACGAGGCGACUGCGAUUCUGUUACGGUAUGGGAGAUGGAAUAAAGAGCGACUGAUAGAGCAGUACAUGGACAGCCAAGAGGAGGUUCUGGAGAAGGCUGGCCUAGGUCAGGAUGUGGUCCGGGACCCACCGCGGCUCGAAACGAUUGAUGGCUUCAUGUGCGAUAUCUGCUGCGAGGACACACCAGAUCUGCAGAGCUUUGCCAUGAAGUGCGGACAUCGCUACUGCGUCAAUUGCUAUAGGCAGUAUUUGGCACAGAAGAUUCGGGAAGAGGGAGAGGCGGCGCGGAUCAGAUGCCCGGGCGACCGCUGCAAUAAUAUUGUAGACGCCAAGAGCUUGGAUCUGCUCGUCACUCCCGACCUGACCGAACGCUACCAUGAAUUGCUCAUGCGGACGUACGUGGACGACAAGGAGAACUUGAAGUGGUGUCCUGCACCCGAGUGCGUCUAUGCUGUGGAAUGCCCUGUCAAGCAGAAGGAUCUUAACCGGAUCGUUCCGACUGUGCAUUGCGAAUGCAAGCAUGCCUUCUGUUUUGGCUGUACCCUGGCGGAUCACCAGCCGUGUCCAUGCUCCCUUGUCAGGAAGUGGCUGAAGAAAUGCGAAGACGACAGCGAAACUGCGAACUGGAUAUCGGCCAAUACAAAGGAAUGUCCGAAAUGCCACUCGACCAUCGAGAAGAACGGAGGUUGUAACCACAUGACUUGCCGAAAGUGCCGAAACGAGUUCUGCUGGAUGUGCAUGGGUGUGUGGUCGGAGCACGGCACAAGCUGGUACAACUGCAAUCGAUUCGAGGAGAAGAGCGGUCUGGAUGCCAGAGACGCACAGGCUAGGAGCCGGCAGUCACUCGAGCGCUACCUGCACUACUACAAUCGCUACGCCAACCACGAACAAUCCGCACGACUGGACAAGAACAUCUUCGAGAAGACGGAGAAGAAGAUGCAAUUGCUGCAGAAUCAGUCCGGCCUAUCCUGGAUCGAGGUGCAGUUCUUGGAGAAUGCUUCGCAUGCGCUACAGAUGUGUCGGCAGACACUGAAGUGGACCUACGCGUUUGCUUACUACCUCGCGCGCAACAACCAGACGGAGAUCUUUGAGGAUAACCAGAAGGAUCUGGAAAUGGCAGUGGAGAAUCUGUCCGAGAUGUUUGAGAAGCCGACGGAGGAGUUGAAGGCGCUCAAGGUUCCGAUGAUGGAUAAGACUGCGUAUUGUCAUAAUCGUCGGGUAAUUCUGUUGGAGGAUACGGCGAAGAAUUUGAAGGAAGGUGAGUGAGGAGACACGAUCUUUGACGUUUCAUCGUGUGAGUAGAGUGCUGACUGACUUGACUGGUAUACAGGCAACUGGCAGUUCAAUGUUGAGCUCUCUUAG